GAGGAGGAGGAGCGGGUUGUGUGGGUGGCGGGGUGACGGGGUUAUCACCGCCGCCGUGACCGCCGCCGCCGCCGCCUCACGGGCGCGAGACAACCCCUGACGACCGUUGAGGAUUUGAAAAGGUGUUCAUUAAAGACGGUAACGCGGAUUCACGGCUCGACUCGCCGCCUUCAUUGCAUUGGGAUCGUUAUUCUCGUUUGCAAAGCCCGAAAUACUGCAGCAUAUUUAGCUAUUGGGGUCGGUCUCUGGAACGCAGACGACGUGAGGACUACUUUACUGAAGUGAAGCAUCGUGUUGGAGUGAAUUGGAUCCUUCAGUUAAGUUUUUUGAGUGAACUCUUAAAGACAAGAAAGAUGAUGUGCUCCUGAAAACGUGCGAGUGGAAGAAAGCCUUUGUAGAGCUCCUAUUUGAGAGGUCAUUUUUUUUUUACUGCUACUGUUUUUAAAAGGAACCUUUGUCGAUGAAGGGAGAAAUCUGUGAAUCCAGCACUUGCAAAUUCAAGUCUUCUGCAGGUCAUCAUGCCGUCGUCAACCCGUAAAGGUGUUGUGAAGGACCCAGAGGUUUCAGAACUGUUCUUUCAAGAUGAUCCAGAGGAGCUGCUUAUUGACUUGCAUGAAAUUGGACAUGGAAGCUUUGGAGCUGUAUACUUUGCCCGAAAUGCUCGCACAUCUGAAGUGGUGGCGGUCAAGAAGAUGUCCUACAGCGGCAAACAGACGACUGAGAAAUGGCAAGAUAUCAUCAAAGAAGUCAAAUUUCUCGGUCAACUCAAGCAUCCAAAUACCAUUGAGUAUAAAGGUUGUUACCUUAAGGAGCACACAGCCUGGUUGGUCAUGGAAUACUGCCUAGGAUCAGCUUCUGAUUUAUUAGAAGUUCACAAAAAACCACUUCAGGAAGUGGAGAUUGCUGCCAUCACCCACGGUGCCUUGCAGGGGCUGGCCUACCUGCAUUCUCACAAUUUGAUUCACAGGGAUGUUAAGGCUGGAAAUAUUUUGCUCACGGAGCCAGGGCAAGUCAAGCUGGCUGAUUUUGGAUCUGCCUCUAUUAUAUCUCCUGCCAACUCCUUUGUGGGGACGCCUUACUGGAUGGCCCCAGAAGUGAUCCUUGCAAUGGAUGAGGGGCAGUAUGAUGGAAAAGUAGAUGUCUGGUCUCUCGGUAUUACAUCCAUUGAGCUCGCUGAACGCAAGCCACCUUUGUUCAACAUGAACGCAAUGAGUGCCUUAUAUCAUAUUGCCCAGAAUGAAUCUCCAUCACUGCAGUCGAAUGAAUGGUCUAACUUUUUUAGAAAUUUUGUGGAAUACUGCCUACAGAAGAUCCCUCAGGAUAGACCAACAUCGCUGGAGCUUCUUCGGCAUCAUUUUGUUAGCCGAGAGCGCUCACCAAGGGUUCUCUGUGACCUUAUUGCAAGAACAAAAGCAGCCGUUCGAGAGCUGGAUAAUCUUCAGUACAGAAAAAUGAAAAAGAUCCUCUUUCAAGAAACUCACAAUGGACCAAUGACUGAGUCGCAGGAGGAAGAGGAGGACAGUGAGCAUGGUGCAAGCCUAGGUAGUAAAGUAGACAGCCUGGGCAGUAAUCAGUCCAUUCCCAGUAUGUCUAUCAGCACAGGCAGCCAGAAUAGCAGUGUUAAUAGUCUGCAUGAAGUCUUUGAUAGCUCAGAGAACACCAUGAUGCAUGAUAGCGAUAGCACCAUGCAGUCCAAUAUCUCCGUCAUCCAUAAAAAGCAGGAUCAUGUAUUCAUAAGGGAUGAAGGAGGCCAGAAAGACAGCAGGCCUGAUCUGCGGCCUACACCAACUCUCCAUAGUCAGGCCUCUCUGCUUAAGAAUCGGGAGCAUUUUGCUACAAUCAGAACAGCAUCUCUGGUUACAAGACAGAUCCAUGAGCAUGAACAGGAAAACGAGCUGCGAGAACAGAUGUCGGGCUACAAGCGGAUGCGACGACAGCACCAGAAGCAGUUGAUGGCUCUAGAGAAUAAGCUGAAGGCGGAGAUGGACGAGCAUCGCCUCAAAUUGGAGAAGGAGGUAGAGACCCAUUGCAACAAUGCAUCCAUUGAAUUAGAAAAGCUGGCAAAGAAGCACCAGAUUGCUAUGGAGAAAGAGAUGAAGGCAGCAGCACAGGAGGAAAAGAAAGUCCAGCAGCAAAUUUCAGCCCAGCAGAAAAAGGAACUGAACAACUUCCUAGAGAAUCAGAAACGCCAGUACAAGAUGUGCAAGGAAAAGAUUAAAGAGGAGAUGAACGAGGAUCACAGUACGCCGAAGAAGGAGAAACAGGAGCGUCUGUCCAGACACAAAGAAAAUAUUCAGCACACGCAAGCAGAAGAAGAAUCUCAACUUCUCGGCCGCCAGCGAUUGCUCUAUGAUCGGAACUGCCGUGAGCUCAAACGGAAGUUAAUGUUUAUGCGGCACAAUCUGGAGCAGGAGCAUAUUCGUGAGGAAGUGAACAAAAAGCAAACGCAAAAGGAAAUGGAGCACGCCAUGUUGAUUCGCCACGACGAGUCCACUCAGGAGCUGGAAUUGCGACAGCUUAACAUGUUGCAGAAGCUGAGGAUGGACCUGAUCCGCUUACAGCAUCAGACUGAGCUGGAGAAUCAAACCGAGUACAACAACCGCCGGGAGCGGGAACUACACAGGAAGCACGUCAUGGAACUCCGGCAACAGCCAAAGAGCCUAAAGGCUAUGGAACUACAGAUAAAGAAGCAGUUCCAAGACACGUGUAAAGUCCAAACUAAACAGUAUAAAGCACUGAGGAACCACCAGCUGGAGGUAACUCCAAAAUGUGACCACAAAAUGGUCCUAAAAGCACUGAAGGAGGAGCAGACAAGGAAACUGGCUAUCCUAGCAGAGCAGUAUGAACAAAGCAUCAAUGAGAUGAUGGCCUCACAGGCGUUGCGACUAGAUGAGGCCCAGGAAGCAGAGUGCCAAGCCCUCAAGCAUCAGCUUCAACAGGAGAUGGAGCUGCUCAACGCCUACCAGAGCAAAAUUAAGAUGCAGACUGAAGCGCAGCACGAACGGGAGCUUCAGAAGCUUCAGCAGCUCGUGUCUGUGCGCCGAGCACGCCUUGAACAAAAGAUUGAAGAGGAACUGGCUGCACUUCAGAAGGAGCGCACGGAGAGAAUCCGAAAUUUAUUGGAAAGACAAGGCCGGGAAAUUGAGAGCUUUGAUAUGGAAAGCCUCCGACUUGGGUUUGGAAAUCUCGUUACAUUUGAAUAUCCCAAGGAGGAGUAUAGAUGAGAAACUAUGCCAUAACCUUGCCCACGUACCCUAAUCAUGGGCUCACUCGUUGAGGGCAGACAUCACCUCUGGACUAGUGCCUCCUUAAAAUUUCCUUAUAAUCAGGGCCCCAUUAAUGUUACAAAGAACGCUGACCAUUUGUCGGUCGUCUUUUAAAAAAAAAUGACACAGUAUUGAUAUAUGUGCAAUCAUAUUUUUUGUGAAAUUGGAAAGCAGGAUGUACAUCGCUUAUAUUGAUCAUGCGUUACAAAUGAUUUGUAAAUCUGUGCAGAAAGACAAAUGUUAUAUCUGCAGCCUUAUCCUACUCGCUGCUAGCUUCUUUUCGGUAUUUAUUCAUCAGGAAAUUUUUUUAAGAUUGAGCAAUUUGAUACAACCGAAUUUGACGUACACGUCGAUCGUACAACGUGCUUCUGGGAAAUUUAAAAGCGUUUAGAAAUGCUGGCAAGAGAACCUUGAUCCAGUCUUUUGCUCAUAUAAUCAUUUUCUGCUGUGGCAGACGAUGUGUGUAUACUGUAUGUGAAUCUUGGGACCCAAGUAGCACAAUACGCCAAGGUACUAUCACAUAUAUUGUAUAGAUGGAAUUCAGGAGAGCUUUUACUUAUUUUCAUAAAGUAUUUUAAUGGUUCCUCAAAUUAAUUUUUUAAAUGACUUUUCGUUCAGUAAAUGGAAGUAAAUCUGGGUGUCAAUGGGAUCUUCUAUUGGAAUUUUCCAUCUCGACCAUAAAUGUUGCUUACUCAUACUUACAAGCUGUGUAUUUUCUUACCAAACAAAUCCGUAAGAUGCUUUACUAUUGCAUGCACAUUCCAAUUUUUUUCAGGUAAAAUAGCAUGACUCUGUCAAAGCAAAAAUGAGCUUUUAAUCAUAUUUGUAAAUAAAAGUGCUCACCACAGUAUGUUGAAUUAUUUGGGCAGAUUCUGUACUGAAAUCUGCACUUUCCGCUUCACAGCAAUGUUGAAUAUGAAACCUGUGUGACCAGGGAAUCGCUGUUAUCUGAGAAUUUGUGACUUUAUAUUUUUGCCUAAUCAUGUACCUAUGUUGCUGAGGUGUUUGGGGCCAAUUUGGCUUAAGAGAUUCAGUGCGGACAGAAGCCAUGAACCGUACAAUGAAAGUACAAACUGAAGAACAAAUGUGCAUUCAUUCCAUCAAUGGCAUAAAAUACAAAUGGAAAUAGAAAGACUUGGUUGGCUCAGCAUCCACGAUGCCCAAAUAGUGCAAGACAUAAAAAACAAAGCGAACAUCAUGCUGAUGUUACCAAAUCAUUCUGAGUGCCAGAAAGUGUGCCAGAGCUGAACAUCAUUCUGAGUCUGGUCACCUUUGGAUUGCUGUGUAUAAUUGCGACUUGAGGCGCUAUGACAGCACAAAGAUAGGGAGUGAACAACUGGGGAAGCUACCUCAGCCUCGAAAAGAACCCUCUCGGACAUAACCUUUAUAGAGGUAUAUCAGAAAUAUUAUAGCGGAGGGAUAUUAGGUGCUAGGUAAAGUAAAGCAAGAACAAUCAUUGUCCUAUAAACCAAAACAGGAAGUCACUAGUUCAGGGGCAGGUUGUAAGAGCUCCAGUCUAUGACCAAUGCCUAAGACAAGUCAAACAGCUAGUGAUUUACCAGGCAGGGUAAUUGAGACUUGCAGACUUUAAGUGUGGUAUUGUGUUCAUAGAUAUCUCAAAGGUUGCCCAUUUUCAUGAAGGCCUCAAUUACAGGAGGAGCAUUGACACUAUGCAGAAGAAGAAUUGGGCAGAAAGAUGCGUGGGCCUGCAGGAGAGUUCCACACAGGGGAAGAGCUGGACAGGGUGAGGCAAGAAAAUCUGGGUGACUAGAAAAGGUAAAGGGCAGAGACUGAGUGGGCAAAGGGGAAGAGUAUCAACAAGGCUGGGAGGCGACAGCAAUGGUCAAAGCAAGAGAACAGCGGUUUGAAUAGGAAACUGGUCAAUGAGCCGAGAUGAAUGAGGGCUGCAGUACAAUCAAUAAGGUUGGGAAGCAGAUUAGCAGGAGCUGAGGGGAAGGAGGAAGAUUAACCAUGGCACUGAACUGCAAUAGGGAUUCACAAA